UCUAAUUUCCAUCUCCAAAACAACCUCUCUACUUAUCUCUCUUUCUUUGUGUAAAAUCAUAUAUCCAACCUUAGCUCUCCCUUCCCUCUCUGCAAAAGCACUCUCAUAUAAAGUGCAAUUAUAUAACAAUUAAGCUAUAUAAUUGUACCAAAAAAUGGGAAACUGCUUGAAGCACCAAUCAUCCACCAAGCACACCACUGAGGACGAAGCCAGCGAUGAUGACUGGGAUUUCCAGAGAGGUGAGAGCACUUUUACAGCCAAACAAACAACAACAACAAUGGAGGUGAAGAUCAAGAUCACGAAGAAGCAGCUGGAGGAGUUGCUCAGCAAAAUGGAUGUGAGGGAGUUGAGGGUGGAUCAAGUUUUGACCCAAUUGAAGAACCGUAGCAGUGGUGGAUACCAAUCAUCUCAGAGGCCAUGGAGACCAGCACUUCAGAGUAUCCCUGAGUCCAAUUGAGCUUGCUUUUUGUAUAUUGAUGAGUGAUGACUUGAUGUUGAUGAAGAAGCAGAGUAUUGGCCACUUGGGUCAAUCCUGCUGAUUCACUGUUGCUGAUUCAUUUUUAAUUAAUGUCUUGUACUUUUGUAGCUAGGGAAAGGGAGCACCCUCUUUAUUUUGUGAAAAUAACUAGUAGUGUAUAUUUCUCUCUUUA